ACCACCACUGAGAGAGAGAGAGAGAGAGAGAGAGAGAGAGUGAGCUGCCAGAUAAUCGCUCCCUGCAGGAGUGGGAGAUGAGCAGUGAUCGUUUACAGGUGGAGCAGAAAGCGUCGAGGCGGAUCCCAGAGCAGUAGGACCGGCAGCAGCUCCAUGUAGAUCCUGACUCCUGACAGCUUCCAGAUGUGGCUACCACUGAAGAUGAUCUCCUCCAGCACCCCUCACCAGUAGCCGGGCAGCAUGGCCUCUGCUCCUCCUUCCAUAGAGGACACCAGUCGCUCAUUAGCGCUGCGCUGGAGGCUAACGCCGACAUAGAUACUCACCACGCAGGACACCGACUCUAAACUGAACUGAGGGAGGCUGAGCCACACUGCACAGGAACUGGCUCAAUGUACGGAUUAACCCCCUUUUGAGGAACUUUAAAAAAACAAAGAUGACUUGUGCCAAAGUGGCACAUGUACGGGACAGUGACCAGGCCGAACAGCAACAUCUGGACUGAGACUUUGGACCAUGCUCUGUCUCUGAUUGGGAUAUUCUGUGGCAGGGCUGGACAGUGCAGCUCUUCCACACUCAGACCAGGACUCUGAGCCAUGUCUCUUCUCUCAGCCCUGAGCCUCGUCUGUGGAUUAAUGCUCCAUGUUUCAUUUAGCACACCCAACACUCACUACGGUAUCCCACGAAAGACCGUCCCCUACCAGAAUGAGCUGAAGUCGUUCAGAGAAGACGGGAUCUUCAACUACUCCACUAUGCUCAUGAGGGACGACCUGGAUGUGCUGCUGCUGGGAGCCAGAGAGGCCAUUUACGCUCUGGACAUCAACAACAUCUCUGUCAGAAAGGCCGCGGUGUAUUGGCGGGUCACUGAGGAGAAGCAGAGGGAGUGCAAGUACAAAGGAAAACACGCUGAGGUGGAAUGCCGAAACUACAUCCGAACCCUGCACAGAAUGAACGACACCACGAUUUAUGUGUGUGGCACGAAUGCUUUCAGCCCCACCUGUGAUUAUUUGACGUUUGUAAAUGGACAGCUGAGGCUGGAGGGAAAGCAGGAGGAGGGAAAGGGGAAGUGUCCUUUUGAUCCCUUCCAGAGAUACUCCUCCCUCAUGGUUGGAAAUGACCUGUAUUCUGCUACAUCCAUCAACUUCUUGGGCUCUGAGCCUGUGGUCCUGCGCAGCUCGGACUUGGCUCUCCGUACCGAGUUCAAGAGCUCCUGGCUCAGUGAGCCAAACUUCGUCUACAUGGACUUUGUGCGUGAGAGUUUUAACAGCCUUGAUGGCGAUGAUGACAAGGUGUACUUGUUCUUCAGUGAAAACGCCAUGGAGUACGACUUCUACAGCAAAGUCGUCGUGUCUCGAGUGGCCCGUGUCUGCAAGGGGGAUAUGGGCGGCCAGCGGACACUGCAGAGGAAAUGGACGUCGUUCCUGAAAGCUCGUCUGGAUUGUUCCCUCCCUGAACCCAGCCUGCCCCCCAUUGUCCAGGAUGUCUUCCUGCUGAAGCACGACGACUGGAGGCAGAACGUCUUCUACACUGUCUUCACACCCCAGUCGGGUUUGUCCCAGGUAUCUGCAGUAUGUGCAUAUCGUGUGUCUGACAUUCGAGAUAUUUUCAACGAGGGCAAGUUUAAGACACCUGUUGCUGUGGAGACAUCUCACGUCAAGUGGGUGAUGUACACCGGAGACGUGCCAGUCCCCAGACCAGGAGCGUGCAUCAAUAAUGUGGCACGUAAGAUGGGGAUGAAUCGCUCUCUGGACCUCCCUGACAAAACCCUCCAGUUCAUCAGGGACCGCCCCCUCAUGGACGAGGCUGUUCGCCCUCUGACAGGAGGGCCGCUGCUGGUCAAGAGGGGAGCUCUGCUGACUCGGAUUGUCGUGGACAGCGUGCUGGCGCUGGACGGAGAGAGAUAUGCUGUCAUGUUCAUCGGCACCGAAAACGGUUACGUCCAGAAGGCUGUCAACUAUGAUGGAGAGAUGUUCAUCAUUGAGGAGAUUCAGCUGUAUGAAAACCCCGUGUCUGUCAGCACCCUGCGCCUCUCGUCCAGCAAGGGUCAGCUGUAUGCAGGUUCAGAGUCUGGUGCUACCCAGAUGCCGGUCAGUAACUGCAGCCGCCAUGACACUUGUGUGGACUGCAUCCUAGCCCGGGAUCCUUACUGCGCCUGGGACUCUACCGCCCAGCAGUGCAGCUCCGUCUCCAGCUUAUCCACCUCUGAUACUGCACUACAGAGUCUGAAGGACGGAGACGUCUCACAGUGCCCUCAGCCAGAUCCGGUAGCAGCUGUGGACUUUACCCUGGUUCCAGGGAACAACAUCCAGCUUCCUUGCCAGAUCCACUCCAACUUGGCGCAGGUCCUGUGGCGAUUCUCUGACCAAACACUUCACUCCGACAACAAAUACUACAUUUACAGCGGGGGCCUCCUCAUCCUGAGUGCCUCUGAAACGGACGCCGGCCUGUACACCUGUGUCUCAGUCGAGCACAUCAGUGACAGGACUUACAACCGGACCGUGGCGGUUUAUCAAUUACAGCUCUACACUGGAGCGGGGGACAGCACUACUCCUGGCAAUGAGGUGAUGAAUUCCUCAGACUCUCUUCACGGGCCCAAUGCGACCGCCCCGGGGUUGACUCCACACUCGGCGGACGAGGACCCGCUGGCCCCCGAGAAUCAAAGCGACACUGGCAGGGUGGCUCGUCUGGAGGUGGCUGUGGCUCUGCUGUCGCUGCUCUGCCUCUCCCUCAUCGGGGUCAUAUUUUGGAUCUGGAGUCAGGGACGCUGGGGGUGCCUCAAGCUCGCGCAGCGCUCCAGCGAAAGCGAGGCGAAGAGGCAGUCGGCAGAGUACAUGCACAUCCCGAACAGAACUUCAGAGAUAAAGCUCCUGGGGCCUGAGUGUGGAAGACCUUGCAGUGCCAAUAAUAAUCACUCUGCCGUUGACUUCAAAGGGAACGGAGAGCACCACUUCACACCUAUGGCCAACAUUUCAAGCCUGGACGGUCUGGGAUACAUAAAUGAUGAGUCAGAGAUUUGACUGUGCUGAGGUAUAGAAUUCAGUCGAGGCCAACGACAGUGCACUUAUCAUCUUCCUAUAGAUGAACCACUGUACAAAAAGCUUUUCACAUUAUAUAUUCCUUUGAUUGGUGUCCUGUUCCUCUGCGCCAAUUUCCAGCACUGUCUAUCAUUUCUGUUCUGUGACUGGGCAGCUGAUGUUCACUGAAGAGACUCGUCAGGAUUUUCUUGUGGAAUUUUCACUCCAGGAAGUUCUUGAAAAGUCGGGUUUUUUUUUUUUGUAGCUGUAAUUUUUUUUGUAUAAUGACAAACUGUGUAAUAUAUGUGUACAGCCAAUACCUUUUUGUUUUUCAACUGUUAUUUAUUGUCACAAUGAAGUUUUUAUUUCAGCCAUGAUAACACUUUGUGAUUGGAGUCUUGUAAAUGGGGUCAACAGCAAGACUUUGUCCUCUGAUUUCCAGAUGCAUUUCAUUUUAUGGAUCCUACUGUUUAUUUAAGACGGCAUUCAUCAGUCAGGGAACAUAGUGAUCAUACUUUGGCUGUGUUAAUGAUUAAUCUAUGACCUGUGCUUCUCUUUUAUUUCCAUGUAGCUGUUCAAAAAAGCUGAAAGAUUUACUUAAGCAGCAAAAGGUCCAGUGUGUAGGUCUGAGGGGAAGAACUGGAAUACAAUAUUCAGAAUUAUGUUUUCAUUUGCAUAUAUUCUCCUGAAACCAGACAUGUGGACCCAAGUCAAAUUAAGUGACUGUUUUGAUGACUUGACAGAAAAAGAAAUGGCUUGAGACCUGACUUGGAAAUUAAAGACUCAAAAUGUAACUUGGACUGGUCACGGUGAUUAAAUUACAUUUAUUUCACUAAAUAUCCAUAAUAAUACAAAUUCAUUGUCAGACUUUUUUAACAGGUUGGACAAAUUGACCAAACCAAGGACUUGACUCGACUUGACUUGCCUCAGAAAUGAUGACUUGGGACUUGGACCACAAGUCUUUCAUUACUGUAGGAUGAGCCUCUAAAUCCACAGAGGGAGCAGAUCCUCCUUCACGGAGUCUGCCAGCAUCUACAGACUCCGAUACAGUAUGCAAGUUGGUGUACAAUACUCAAAUUAACAAAGAAAAGAAGAAGAACUACAAGUUUUACUACAUCAAUUCUCAUCAGAGCUGUUGAAUAUUAAAUCAUCCACCUGCGUUCACUACAUCUGAGCAUUUCGUGCUCCAACUACAGCUUAGGAACAUUAUUUUUUAGGUACAGAAAUGUGAAAUCAGCUGUUACAUUAACGGUAUGGCCACGAGAGUGAGGUAAUUAUUGGCGUGAUGCAUGGCUGAGCGUUAAAGGGACAAGUUCACCGCGGUCUGUCCUACACACUGGGCCUUUAAACAUUCCAAUGCCAAUGAUAAGAGAUUAGGGUGUAGACGUGUGGGUGUAGAUUACUGUCAGUGGAUCAACUCUUUGCAAUUGGAGACGGCACGGAUGAGAGUUCGGGUAUGCGGUGUCAAACACUGGAAAAACGCCGCCCCUGUUGGCAAUAACAACUAACUUUAUUGGGAGUUUGACGUGUUGGUAGCUGUCAGUAAUGAUUACUGUUUCUCUCUCUCUCUCUCUCUCUCUCUCUCUCUCUCUCUCUCUCUCUCUCUCUCUCUCUCUCUCUCUCUCUCUCUCUCUCUCUCUCUCUCUCUCUCUCUCUCUCUCUCUCUCUCUCUCUCUGCCGAUGCUGAAAGUUCAACUGACACGCUUGUUGUGCUGAUGCUUUCCAAGCAGAUACUCCUGUGACUCCAGUUACCUCAGACCUGUUUGUUUUUGGUGAAUUUAAGUGUGCGAGCGAACAAAAUUACAGGAAUGUACCCUGAAUCUGCUCUGUGUUUUUCACACUCUGUCAUUACCGACAGCACUCAGAGCUGCCACAGGAUUCAUCUCGGUAACAAGUACUGGAGAUAGAAAAAGAUUGAAGUGGGUCUCUGCUCAAUUAAUCAACAGUGCUGCUUAACAAAGUUGUCUCUUGCAGAAUUAAGGUUAUAUAUUGGUCUAAUAAAACAAUUAAUGAAAUAUUGCAAGCAUAGUUGCACAGUUUUUAAGGGUUUCCAUGCUCAACAGAGGCACAUUUACACUGUAGACUUAAGACAAUCCACUCGCCAGCUAUUAUUUUCAGUUUCCUUAUUCUAAAAAAAAAAAAAGCCAUUGGGACUUAUGCCGAGUUGUUCUUAUGUUUCAAAAAAUCACUAUUGCACUCUUUUUUAGCUGCCCUCUCUCCUGCUCAUCAGCUCUACUUUUCCUCCCAAGAUUUAAUGAGGUUUCUUCGCUUCCUUUUAGUUCAGGCUGUCUUGUGCGUUUUCCUAUGAUGCUCACAGGGCUUUUUUUAUCCCACACUUACUUUCUUCGAACUGAAUAAAUCAAUACGACAGCAGCAUCUCUCUGCCAGGGUGAAAGAUUCGAUGCUGAGGACAGAUGGAGAAAAAAAAAACAAAACAGGAGUUGGGCAAUGUAGAGGCAAUCGGACCACGUAUGGGCCACGUAUGGACAGUGGUCCAGAACUGGUGGCCCAGUGCAACUGGUGUAAUUCAAAUCUGUGUUUUACUCAGUUUAUUAGUUUGUUGUGUAGUUUUAAAAGCCUUUAAAAACCUGAAGAAUAAUAGUUUUCUUAUAUCACACAAAAAAACGUCUUUCAAUUGACCCACCCAUGAAUAGCAGUGUAAUACUGUGGACUAAAACGAAAACAUUGCAGUGUGAAAAGGACCCACAUUUGUUACGAUUAGCUGUGUACAUCAAAGGGAAGACUACAGUUUUCAGCUAUGAAUAAUGGAACACAGACCUGACCUGACAUAUUGCAGGCAUUUUCAGAUUUCAACCAUUAAAUGGUGCAA